AUUAACAGCUAGGCCGUCAUCACGUCUCAACAUUCACUAAAAAUUAAAAAAUUAAACAUGAAAGCUCCUUUCAUUUUUGUAAUUUUUUAUUUUUUAACCACUUACAGCACCGUUCACGGAGCAAUCACAAUGGAGCAAAUUAAGGCAACAGGAGCACUUCUCCGGCAAUCUUGUCAACCACGCUUCAAAUUAACGGAUGCACAAGCAGAUGAAAUUAGCAACGGAAAAUUACCGGAUUACAAAGAUGGAAAAUGUUAUCUCAAUUGUUUGAUGGAAAUGUUGGGUGUCGUGAAAAAAGGCAAAAUUCAGAUAGAUAAGGCGAUCAAGAGUGCCGAGACAAUGUUGCCGCCAGAGUUAAAGGAUGACUUUAUCAAAGGCAUCAAUGCGUGCAAAGAUAUCCCAUUGACGAAAGAUCCCUGCGAAAAUGCCUACGUUGGAGCAAAAUGCUCGAUAGAGAACAAUCCGAAAUUUUUCCUACCAUGA